GUGUUGGAGUGUUUGCGUAGACACACUGCAAGACAGAUCUUGUUCAUUUCUUGCCACAGAUAUAGGAGGUAACGUGAAUGUCAGCGAACGUGUUUGUGCUGUGAUUUAGGAGGCACAGCUGUCCGCUGGGAGAUGACACACCAUCACACUCACCAAUACAACUGGGGACAGGGAGAGCGAGAGAGCAAAACAGAGAGAGAGAGGCAGAGGGAGAAAGAAAGAGUGCUGCGAUGGUCUCAACAAAAAAGAAAGCAAAAAUUCAACUAUGUCAAGCAGAAACAGAGGAAAAUUAAGGGGAAAAGGAAAACAAAUACAAUACAGAAAAAGAAAAUAAGAGGUUGAGAGAUAGUGAGAGAGCAACUGAGAGACAGAGACAAGAAAAUAAGCAGCUAGAUAGAUAGAGAGAGAGAGAGAGAGAGAGACAGAGAGAGAGAGAGAGAGAGAGAGAGAGAGAGAGAGAGAGAGAGAGAGAGAGAGAGAGAGAGAGAGAGAGAGGCAGAGCUUCCCAACUCCAGUGAUUCCCAGACUGGCUGGCAGUGAGCUCUGUGCUCUGAUCUGCCUGCUCUGAUGGGGUUUCAUGCCCUCACAAGUGUUGUUGGGGAUCCUGAGGGCAACACAGGUUUCGGCUGUUGAUCUCGUCCUCUCUAAUUCUCUCCUAUUGACCAUAUCAGCCUGCACAGAUGAGAGUCAGGACAAGCUAAUCUCAGCCUUACUGACGGCUAAUGGAUCAUCAACCAAUGACAUGAUACUGGUGUGUGCUCUCCUCUCCCCCCUGUCUCUGUCACAUGCCUGUCCAAAGGAGUGCAGCUGCAACAGCAACACCAAAGUAGUAGACUGCCGGGGCCGAGGCCUCUAUGAUAUCCCUCGACGACUGCAUCCUGACACUCAAGAACUGUACCUCCAAGACAACCGUAUCAGGGGGCUGGGAUCAAUGGCUUUCAGGGAAAUACCCCUUGUCCGCAUUCUUGAUCUCUCUAAUAACUCUAUAACAUCUAUUUCGCCAACUGCUCUGCUCGGUCUGAGGACUCUGCAGCGCCUCAGCUUGGCCGACAACAGCCUCAGAGAACUCGACAAGCGGUUGCUGGGACCUAUCCGUUCACUUUCGCACCUCGACCUCUCGCACAACAGCCUGUGGGGUUUGCCCGGAGUCAUGGGGGACAGUUUGCAGAACCUCAGCCACCUGGGGCUAGCGCACAACAGGCUGACAAGAUUGGACCGCUCCCUGUUGGAGGCUCUGACUCACCUGGACAGCCUCACACUACGAGGCAACCCCUGGAGGUGUGACUGCCAGCUUAUAGGCCUCAAACUCUGGCUGGAGACCUACCUCUUUAAAGGUGGAGUGGUUGACGAAGUGCUUUGCUCCCAGCCAGAAGAUAUGAGGGAGAGAGACCUGCAGAAAAUCCCUUACCAGCUCUUCCAUGCCUGUAUGACUACAAGCUAUCAUUACCUGUUUGCCAACAUACACCACCUGGAGUCGGAGAGGCUAAUGCGAGGCCACACCCAUGGCAACCACGCUCAUCCCUCCAGCCACACUCUCCACGUCCCCAUGGCAAUGGGGGAGGGCUUCGGUGGCGGUGGGGGAGGCGGUGGGGGAGGAGCAGGGGGCAUGACAGAGUGUGAAACUAAGCAGAGGCAACGGCCUGUCAACUUGCGUCAUGCUAUCGCCACAGUGAUCAUCACCGGCGUGGUGUGUGGGAUCGUGUGUCUGAUGAUGCUGGCUGCAGCGGUGUAUGGAUGCGCCUACGCUGCUAUCAUGGCCAAAUAUCAGCGGGAGUUAAAGAAGAACGAGGAGUUGGCAGCAGCGCAGGGAGCAGAUCAUGCCACAGCAGAUGAGAAGGAACCACUGGAGAACGCCAUCGCCUAGGAGACGAUAAUAUUAAACCUGGACUUGAAACCCGGGCCUCAACCCUUUAACCUACUCGUCUCUGGAUGCAAUGUGUGUGCAUGUAUGUUUGAGAGAAAACAAAAAAGAAGAGAGAGAGAAAGAGUGAGAUUCUUUAUUUUUGUCUAUGUUCACUUCAUUUCUGAGACUUGGGUAGCUAAAUUCCACAGGUAUUUGACUAUGCACUGAUGAGAAGACUAUCUUCUACUGUAUGCGGGUUUGAGGGGCAGGCCAAAGAAUUCAAACAUAUAAAUUUCAUUUUGUCUGAGAAAUGCAUAUCAUUGAUAGGAACAAAUUGCUAUAUAUUUAUAAUUGUGUACUUGUAGGUAUAAUAGUAAAGCUCUGGUAUUUAUAAAAUGGAUUAUAGAAUUUGGUUGUUGUCCAUGAUUUUGAGUCUGUUUUUGACGUAAUUUUGAAAACUCAUAGUAGGCAGCUGAUGUCAGUUAUGUCCUAAGUUAUUUGUAUCAUUGAUGUGAGUGUCUGAGAGCAAGAGUGAGACUGUUCAUGUCAGUGUUUCAUUUGUGCUUGAGCGUAUGGGUGAAGAUGUAUACUGUGAGCUCAUAUUACAGAGAAUUAUGCGUCUGUGCCUAAUACCGUUAUAAAGCUUUGAGGAGGAAAUAUGUUUUUUGGGAUAUUUUUCUGACGACUGAACUGAAAAUGGGAAAUUCGUUGAAGCAAUAAUGAAACAAACUAAAACGAAAACAACGACAACAAAACCCGGACUCAGCCUUGUUGUUUUUCUAUGACUUUAUAGGUUCAUCAGUCUGAGUUCUCAUUCUGCUGCGCACCAUCACACCCACACACACAAACUUUUAGAAGUACAGUUUUUUGAGAUCAGUGAAGUCUUGUUUGUUAGUGAGUUAACGCUGAUUACAUAAUGGUAGUCAUGUCCUUCAAAAUGUAUUAUAUAAAAUAAAAGGAAAUAUUUUACCUGA